AAAAUUUCUGUAUAUCAGCCGGCUUUUUGUCUUCAACUUUAGUAUAACGACCACUGCCACACGAAUGAUGAACACCUCUGACCCUCUAGCUCCGAGUCCUUUUAUAAACAGCAAUUUGACAAAAAUGAAAGAAAGAACAUCGUUUAAUCAGGUGAUGAGCUGCAGAGCCUCCAGCAUGUACAAAGUCAUGCAGAUGGUGCAGAAGAUGGCGCAGAAAAGCUGCAGGAGAGCCUGCCAACUUUUCUGCUGCCCAUUGGACAAUCUGUUGUGUGAAAACAUCACAUGGUGCCCAGAAAAUCACCACCCUGCACAGGAUAAAACUAUACCAGUGAGUCUCCGGAACCCGCCGCCGUCUACAAUUUUGAUUGUUAACAUCAGCAACUCCACCUUGAUUGACUGCGUCAUCGGGAACGACACCUACCCAUCUGCAGUGGCAGAAAAUCAGCCUCUAAUGCAGGAAUCUGAGCUCCAAAUGCAUGAUCACAUGAGGUGCAGCUGCAGCUGUGGACAGCAGGGAGCAGCACAGACCUCUGCUGUUCCUCCUCCUCCUCCUCCUCCAUCAGCAGAGCCUCAGAGCAUCAACAUCCACAGCUCUAAUCUCAGCUGCGUCAUCAUCGGAGACAAUAACUAUAUGCAGGUGGACAAGACCCGCUUGAUGGAAUCUGAGGAAACACACAUGUGAGGCUGUAGCCGCACACAAAGCUGACACUACACAUUCUAGCAACACUUUGUCAUUCGGUAGGAUAACCAAAGUAACUGAAACUCAGUAUUAGGAGACAUUGUGAAUUGGUCACCCUUUGGAUUGGUCUCAGUGUCAGUUCUGCUUUGACUCAGCCUUUAGAUGGGUUUCAGCCACUACCCAACUGUGUGUGUUUGCACGUACUGAUUUAAAAACAUAACUACAGCUAAUUGCGGCCGACUAAGUGUCGCAAGAUUUUCAGUACGCAGAAACAAACGUCAGCUCUCCAAACCAUACCCUAAAAAGAUCCUCUUCAGUCAAAGGCUUUCCUGUUUUGCAAUGCCGGGCCUUCUGCUUCUCUGUCAGAUAUGAGGACAUUAAGGUGGAAGCAACUGGAAUUUUUACUAUAUCAAUUUCCUACAUGGAUGAGUCAUCCCUCUAUGAUCAUAUUUCUUUCUUUCUUUCAUUAUUUAUUUAUUUAUUUAUUCAUAUAUUUAUUUAUUUAUUUAUUUAUUUAUUUUAUAUCUCCUAGCAUAAGCAGCAUAAGCAUUGGCUAUUCUUCCUGGGGUCCACCAAUUAACAAUAAAAUAAACAAACAAACAAUAAAAAAGUACAUACAGAAGAGAAACAAAAGUGUCAUCCUUUCAACAGGAUAUGAAACCAAACACAAAUAAUUAAUCAAUCACAAUUCCUCAAGAAUUCAUAGCAAACUUGAUUUUUUUCCCCUUCAUAUUAAUAGUCAUCCUUGUCUGAUGACAUCCUUAAAUUGUAUAUUUAGCCCUCCCACACUUUUACACGUUUAAUUCCAAGAAGAAGGGUAUUUAAAAACAUGAUCUGUCAGUAAUCAAUGGUCCAGUGUUCUGAUAUACUGGAUGGAUUUUUGUAUUGUGUAAAUGCAUCAACAAACAGUAUUAAAAUACUGUGGCUGUGGCUGAAAUCGUUAUCAUGUGAAGGUGUUGACUUGUAUAAAAACGUAUGGCCUAUGGUCAUUUACAGUAGACUACGUAGUAGUGUUCAUUGUUGGAAGUCAUUUUGAUUUCUUGCGUUUGUAUAUUU